AUGUCCGCUCCCUCCUCCGCGGUCGCCCUGCGACCAGUUACUCACCUCAUCUUUGACAUGGACGGUCUCCUGCUGGAAUGGGUUGCCGGUUUGCAGAACCCUCCAGGCCGUGGGCUUUCUCAUAAGAAGCGGUUGAGGGAACUAGGACUAUUUAGUCUGGAGAAAAGGGGGGUAGCCUUUAUCGCUCUCUACGACUACCUGAAAGGAUGUUGUGAUACUGAGCAUCUCUAUACAGUCGUGUUUGAAGAGAUCUGUGGUCGUUUUGGAAAGACCUAUACCUGGGAUGUAAAAUCAUUGGUCAUGGGUAAAAAAGCCAUUGAGGGGGCAGAGAUUAUUCGAGAUGUUCUAGAUCUUCCAAUAACCAAAGAAGAAUUAUUAUGUGAAAGUAAAAUGAAGCAGGAGGAGAUAUUCCAUACUGCUGAAUUGAUGCCAGGAGUUGAUAAGCUGAUCCGCCAUUUACACAAACACAAUGUACCCAUAGCUGUUGCCACCAGCUCAGCUGAAGCCACAUUUCAGAUGAAAACAACCAGACACAAAGACUUCUUUGCUCUUUUUCAUCAUAUUGUGUUGGGAGAUGACCCUGAGGUAAAGCAUGGCAAGCCAAAUCCUGAUGCAUUUCUAGUUUGUGCUAAGAGAUUUCAUCCUUCUGCACCACCAGAGAAGUGUCUUGUGUUUGAAGAUUCACCACUUGGAGUCAAAGGAGCCCUGGCAGCAGGAAUGCAAGUAGUUAUGGUUCCAGAUGAAAAAUUAAAUCCAGAUCUUAAAAAGGAGGCAACACUACUGCUGAACUCCAUGGAGGAUUUCAAACCAGAACUAUUUGGUUUACCAGCAUAUGAUUAAUACCUAAUAUGAUGAACUUGACUGGAAAAUAGGAAAGUAGAAUGUAAUUUUGUUAUGCAGUUAUUUUGCGUCUUUACUUCUCUUCCUCAAAACUAGAGCACAAAAAUCCUGUUCACACCAAGUCUUCUACUCAGUACUUUUGAAAUGUGACUGGAAAACAUAUGAUUUCUCCUUACAAUAAAUGCUAAAUUAAAGAAGCAGUUCUGUCUUGUGAAGUCUUGUUCUCUGCACAUCAUAGUGUUUUCUGGUGUGGUGGGUUGACCCUGCCUGCAUGCCAGGAGCCAACCAAAAAUGCUCUCUCACUCCCUGACACUACCAUGGCAGAGAGGAAAUAUAGCAGGAAAGUUCUUGGGUCAAGACAAGAGAUCAUCACUCAUCAGUUGCUGUCAUGGGUAAAACAAACUUGGAUUGAGG